AUGCGGCAGCUCGGCUUCGAAGAGAAGGAGGUGAUCGACCCAAAGGCUCAGGAUAUUUACAGCCUCAACCAGAGGGAUCGCAGAAAUUCAGUCAGGGAAGUCAUUCUUUCUAGCAAUGCAGAUAUUCUCUGUCUUCAAGAAACUAAGGUCGCGGACAUGUAUCAACGCUUAUUCGUCUCGGUUUUUGGCUCAGCUUUUGAUAAGUUCGUUGCGCUCCCAGUUAAUGGCACUCGUGGAGGGGUCUUGGUUGCUUGGAAGAGUAGCUCCUGUCAGGCUCUUGCAACCAGGGUGGAUUCAUUUUCAGUCUCUGUUCUGUUCUCUGAGCAAGAGGGUCGCAACUGGUGGUUCACUGGUGUCUAUGGGCCACAGGCGGAUGCUGAGAAAGUGUUGUUCCUGCAAGAACUCAGAAGCGUCUGUGCUUUAUGCAAUGGGCCCUGGCUUGUUACAGGCGAUUUUAAUCUGAUUUAUCAGGCCGAGGACAAGAACAAUACGAACUUAGACAGAGCAAUGAUGGGGAGGUUCAGGAGAUUUCUGGAUGUUGUUGAGGUCAAGGAGAUUCCUCUGUUGGGUCGCAAAUAUACCUGGUCUAAUGAAAGGCAGUCUCCCACUCUUGUGAGAUUGGAUCGUGCCUUCUGCUGUAUGGAAUGGGAGGGCAUCUUCCCUGAUUCAGUGUUGCAAAGCACAACUGCUGGUGUUUCUGAUCACUGCCCGCUUAUCCUGGGCCUAAAAGUAAGCACCAAUGGCAAACGUCGCUUCCAUUUUGAAAGCUUCUCGACAAAGGUCCCAGGUUUCUUGGAUGCUGUCAGUUUGAAUUGGGAGGCUCCGGUGCAAGCUAAUUGUGCUGUUGAGCGCCUUUCUCUGAAGCUGCAGCGGCUUAGCAAAGGUCUGCAGAGGUGGGGACAACGUAAGGUGGGGAACAUCAAAAUCCAGCUUGGAAUGGCCAAGGAGGUACACCAAACUAAUGGCCAAGUGAACAUAUGA